UUUGCCAUCACUUCGCUUCGUUCCCUGUCUGUUUUAUUCUCAGUGUGAAUGAGUUUGCGGCUUCACGGGAGCGCUGUAAUGCGAAAAGCCGCAUUUGCGCUAUUAGUUCUCUCACACUGAAAAGGAAAAAAAAAAACACACGAGACCACGUUUCUUUCCUCUUCACAUCUCUAGUCAUAUCCUGAGAGUUGGAUUAACACAUUUAAGUGCUACAACCAUGUCCAGGCCAGCGGGAGGCAAUGUUAAUGAUGUCACCCGCUUCCUGUCCACGGGGGCGGGGCCUGGGUCACCAACCGCAGUGUUCUCCGCCUCCAGCCAAGCUGAUUGGGCGGCUAAGAGACUCGUAUGGGUGCCUUCAGAGAAACAUGGGUUUGAGUCUGCAAGCAUCCGCGUGGAGCGAGGCGACGAGGUGGAGGUGGAGCUUACAGACAGUGGGAAGAAGCUGACGCUUUCGAGGGAGGAGCUCCAGCGGAUGAACCCGCCUCGAUUCAGUAAAGUUGAAGACAUGGCCGAUCUCACGUGCCUCAAUGAGGCCUCUGUCUUAAACAACCUACGAGAGAGAUACUAUUCAGGACUCAUAUAUACUUACUCCGGCCUGUUUUGUGUGGUGAUCAACCCCUAUAAGAACCUGCCCAUCUAUACCGAUUCCAUCAUAGAGAUGUAUCGUGGGAAGAAACGCCACGAGAUGCCUCCACAUAUCUAUGCCAUAUCGGAGGCGGCCUACAGGAGCAUGCUGCAAGACAGAGAAGAUCAGUCCAUCCUGUGCACAGGGGAAUCUGGUGCAGGAAAGACGGAGAACACAAAAAAAGUGAUUCAGUAUCUGGCACAUGUUGCGUCCUCACACAAGUCUGGCACUCUGGGUCGUCCCAAAGACAGCGCCCUGCAGAUGGAUGGGACGCGCUCUCUGGGUCGUGGCAGUAGUGCUGUGAACAGGACUAUGCAGUAUGGGGAACUGGAGAGACAGCUAUUACAAGCAAACCCCAUUCUUGAAGCCUUCGGCAAUGCCAAAACCGUCAAAAAUGACAAUUCUUCCAGAUUUGGCAAAUUCAUCAGAAUCAAUUUUGAUGUUGCUGGAUAUAUUGUGGGUGCUAAUAUUGAGACCUAUUUGCUGGAGAAGUCCCGAGCCAUUCGUCAGGCUAAAGAAGAGCGAACCUUCCAUAUCUUCUACCAGCUCCUCUCUGGAGCUUCUGAGGCCAUGAGAAAGGAGCUUCUGCUGGGCAGUGCGGAUCAGUACCGCUUUAUCUGUGGGGGGUCACUUCCUGUUCCGGGUCAGAGUGAUUCAGAAAACUUUACCCAGACAAUGGACUCGGUGACUAUCAUGGGUUUCACCCAGGAAGAAUCCACAUCUAUGUUAAAGGUGAUCUCUGCAGUGCUGCAGUUUGGGAACAUCACGUUUCAGAAAGAGAAGAACACAGAUCAGGCCUCGAUGCCGGACGACACAGCAGCGCAGAAACUCUGCCACCUGCUGGGCAUCAGUGUCCUGGAGUUCAGCCGAGCCAUUCUCACUCCACGCAUCAAAGUGGGCCGCGAGUACGUGCAGAAGGCCCAGACCAAGCAGCAGGCUGAUUUCGCGGUGGAGGCUUUGGCGAAGGCCACAUAUGAGCGUCUGUUCCGCUGGCUGGUGCACCGGAUCAACAGAGCGCUGGACCGCAGACAGCGUCAGGGGGCCUCGUUCAUCGGGAUCCUGGACAUCGCUGGGUUCGAGAUCUUCCAGCUGAACUCGUUCGAGCAGUUAUGUAUCAAUUACACUAACGAGAAGCUACAGCAGCUGUUCAAUCACACCAUGUUCAUACUGGAGCAAGAGGAGUACCAGCGAGAGGGCAUCGAGUGGAGCUUCAUCGACUUCGGUCUGGAUCUUCAGCCCUGCAUCGACCUCAUCGAGAGACCGGCUCAUCCUCCUGGCGUCCUGGCACUGUUGGAUGAGGAGUGUUGGUUUCCGAGGGCGACUGAGCGCUCAUUUGUGGACAAGCUGUCAGCUGAGCAGGGAUCACACUCAAAGUUCAUGCGGCCGCGGCAGAUUAAAGAAGAGGCCGACUUCUCCAUUAUACACUAUGCUGGCAAGGUGGACUAUAAGGCAGAUGAGUGGCUGAUAAAGAACAUGGAUCCAUUGAAUGAUAAUGUUGCAUCUCUCCUGCAUCAGUCAUCUGAUCCCUUCAUCUCUGAGCUGUGGAGGGAGGAUAUUCAAACUCUUCCUCGCGUGUACUUUUUUGACUCUUAUGCCACACUGCAAACCAAUGGCACUGACAGCAUGGAGAGGAUUGUGGGUCUGGAUCAGGUGUCAUCUGGUGAGAGCAGUGGACCGGUGAGUUUUGGGGCCGCCGGGCUCAAGACAAAGAAGGGCAUGUUUCGGACGGUGGGACAGCUCUAUAAAGAGUCUCUCACUAAACUGAUGGCCACCCUCCGCAACACCAACCCCAACUUCCUGCGCUGCAUCAUCCCUAACCAUGAGAAAAAGGCAGGGAAGUUGAGUCCUCAUUUGGUUCUGGAUCAGUUAAGGUGUAAUGGGGUGCUGGAGGGAAUCAGGAUCUGCAGACAGGGCUUCCCGAACCGCAUCCCAUUCCAGGAGUUCAGACAGAGGUAUGAGAUCUUAACUCCAAAUGCUAUUCCUCGAACCUUUAUGGAUGGCAAACAGGCGUGUGUGCUAAUGAUCAGUGCUUUGGAGCUGGACAAGAACCUUUUCCGGGUGGGACAGAGUAAGGUGUUCUUCCGGGCUGGAGUUUUGGCUCAUCUGGAGGAAGAACGAGACUUGAAGAUCACUGACACUAUCAUCCACUUCCAGAGCGUGGCCCGUGGAUAUCUUGCCAGGAGGGCUUUCCAUAAGAAGCAGCAGCAGCUGAGCGCUCUGCGUGUGAUGCAGAGGAACUGUGCUGCGUACCUGAAGCUCAGAAACUGGCAGUGGUGGAGACUCUUCACCAAGGUGAAGCCCUUGCUGCAGGUGACCCGCCAGGAUGAAGAGAUUCAAGCUCGGGAAGCACAGCUUCAGAAAGCCAAAGACAAUCUGAGUAAACUAGAGCAUGACUUCUCUGAACUGGACAGAAAAAACCAACAGCUGAUGGAGGAGAAGUCAGUGCUGACUGACCAGCUGCAGGCGGAGGCCGAGUUAUUCGCAGAGGCAGAGGAAAUGAGAGCGCGGCUGGCCAGUCGCAAACAGGAGCUUGAAGAUGUGUUGGGCGAGCUCGAGAGCCGAUUGGAGGAGGAAGAGGAGAGGGCCCUUCAGCUGACCAAUGAGAAGAAGCGAAUGCAGCAACAUGUGCAGGAUCUGGAGGAACAGCUCGAGGAGGAAGAGGGGACACGUCAGCGCCUCCAGCUGGAGAAAGUCACCCUGGAGAGCAAAGUGAAGAGUCUGGAGGCCGAGACGCUGACUGUGGGAGAGCAGAGAGACAGAUUAAGCAAGGAGAAAAAACAUCUGGAAGAGAGACUGAACGAAGUGACAGAUCAACUCACAGAAGAAGAGGAGAAGGUGAAGAGUCUUAACAAGCUGAAAAAUAAACAGGAAGCUGUCAUCGCUGAUUUAGAAGAGCGUCUGAAGAGGGAAGAGCAGGGCCGUCUGGAACAGGAGAAGUGGAAGAGGCGGAUGGAAGGAGAGGCAGUGGAGGCCCAAGAGCAGCUGUCUGACCUGAGCUUACUCGUCACUGAGCUGAGAGGCAGCCUGAGCCAGAGAGAGAAAGAGAUCACCACACUACAGACACGGCUGGAAGAAGAGGGGGCACGUCGUGCAGAGUCUCAGAGAGCCCUGAGAGAGGCCAUGUCCCAGGUCUCUGAGCUCAAAGAGGAGGUGGACAAUGAAAAAGGAAUGAGGGAGAGAGCUGAGAAACAGAGGAGAGAUCUGGGAGAGGAGUUAGAGGCGUUGAGGACUGAACUAGAAGAUACACUGGACACUACAGCUGCUCAGCAAGAGCUCAGGUCUCGUCGUGAGGCUGAAUUAGGAGAGCUUCAGAGAUGUUUGGAGGAGGAGACUCGUCGUCACGAAGCCCAGCUGUCAGAGCUCCGCAUCAAACACACCGCUGCUAUAGACUCCCUACAGGAGCAGCUGGACAACGCCAAAAGAUCCCGUCAGUCUCUGGAGAAGGCCAAGGCCAUUCUGGAGGAGGAGCGGAUGAACCUGAGCGCUGAGCUGAAGACUUUACAGGGAGGGAAGAUGGAGAGCGAGAGGGGCAGAAAGCGAGCAGAGGGACAGUUACAGGAACUCAACGCACGCCUCACACAGGCUGAGAGAGAAAGAGAGGAGCGAGAGGAGCGACUCAGUAAACUCCAGUCGGAGCUCGAGUCUCUGUCCAGUUCCCUAUCCUCAUCUGAGUCCAAAUCUCACCGCCUAAGUAAGGAGGUCAGCAGUCUGGAGAGCCAACUUCAUGAUGUGCAGGAUCUACUGCAGGAAGAGACACGGCAGAAGUUGGCACUGGGCUCACGUGUGCGUGCUCUAGAGGAAGAAAAAGCUGGAUUGAUGGAGAGACUAGAGGAGGAGGAGGAGAAGACCAGAGAACUUACACGCCAGAUUCAGAACCACACACAACAGCUGUCUGAUCUAAAGAAGCAGACAGAGGAAGUGAAUACAGCGGUGGAGGUCGGGGAGGAGGCCAGGAGGAAGAUGCAGAGAGAGCUGGAGAACGCCGUACAGAGAGAGAGAGCCAAAGAAGAAGAGAAAGAACGCAUAGAGAGACAGAAAGAACGGCUGAGAGAAGAGAUAGAGGACAUGACAAUUGCUUUGCAGAGAGAAAGACAGAACUGCACUGCUCUGGAGAAACGACAGAAGAAAUUUGAUCAGUGUUUGGCAGAGGAGAAAGCAGUUAGUGCUCGGCUGCUGGAGGAACGGGACCGCGCAGAAGCAGAGAGUCGAGAGAAGGAGACGCGUUUCCUGUCCCUCUCAAGGGCAUUGCAUGAAGCAACAGAGCAGAGAGAUGAGCUGGAGAGAACCAAUAAGCAGCUCCGCCUGGAGAUGGAGCAGCUCGUCAACGCCCAAGAUGACGUGGGCAAAAAUGUUCAUGAGCUAGAGCGUUCUCGACGGGCUUUGGAAACAGAAGCCCAGUCUCUGAAAGAACAGACCCAGGAGCUGGAGGAUGAGCUGACAGAAGCUGAGAACGCUCGCCUCAGACUGGAAGUCACCCUUCAGGCUCUUAGAGCUCAGUUUGAGAGAGAGAUCAGCACUAAAGAGGAGAAAGGAGAAGAAAAGAGGAGAGCACUCAACAAACAGGUGCGAGAACUUGAAACAAUGCUUGAAGAGGAGAAGACUCAGAGAGCUCAGGCUUUGACUGUCAAAAAACAACUGGAGACAGAGCUGCAGGAGGCGGAGACUCAGGUGGAAGCAGCCAAUCGGGGCAGAGAGGAAGCACUAAGACAGAUGAAACGUCUCCAGACUCAGAUGAAGGAGCUUAUCCGUGAGCUUGAUGAGACCAAGUUGGCUCGAGACGAGAUUGUUGCCCAGUCAAAGGACAGCGAGAAACGGCUGCAGACGCUGGAAGCAGAACUAUUACAGCUGACAGAGGAGCUGGCUGUUUCUGAGAGGCAGCGGAGACAGGCCCAACAGGAGAGAGAAGAACUGGCAGAUGAAAUCAUCAACAGUACAACUGGAAAAUCUGCACUGUUGGAAGAGAAGCGGCGUCUUGAGGCCAGAAUCACUCAGCUGGAGGAAGAGUUAGAGGAGGAACAAAGUAACGCUGAACUAUUAGCCGAGAGGCAGAGGAAGAGCACUUUGCAGGUUGAGACACUUACAGUCCAGUUAUCUGGAGAGAGGACGCUGGCACAGAAGAGCGAGAGCGCACGAGAGACUCUGGAGAGGCAGAAUAAAGAGCUGAAAACUCGUCUCAGUGAGAUGGAGGGAACAGUGAAGGGAAAACAUCGCCUCAGUGUCGCCGCCCUGGAGGCCAAGAUAGAAUCUGCGGAGGAACAACUGGAGCAGGAGAGACAGGAGCGAGCCAUGGCCAAUAAGCUUGUGAGGAAAACGGAGAAGAAACUGAAAGAAGUUCUGAUACAGGUGGAAGAUGAAAGGAGACAUGCAGAUCAGUAUAGAGAACAGUUGGAUAAGUCUAUGGGACGUCUCCGUCAGCUGAAGAGGCAGUUAGAGGAGGUGGAGGAGGAGAACUCUCGCUCCAACGCUCAGCGCAGGAAGCUACAGCGAGAGCUGGAGGAAAUGAGCGACAGCAUGCAGAUCAUGAACCGCGAGCUCAACACUCUCCGCUCCCAACUCAGCAUCACAGAACGACAGAAGUCAGAACAGCGAGCUCCGCUCCCUAUCUCCAUGCGUGCUGGCCGCAGGGCUCUGGUGGAUGACCUUUCUCAGGAGAACUCUGAUUCUGAGGAUCCAGGUGCUUCUCCCACCCCGUCCAGCGGCCCGCCGGGUACCCCCACACCCUCAGACAACGCCCUGGGCCCCCCUCCUCCAUACAGCCUUACCGACGCUGAAUAAGAAGGGGAGAGUGUGAUAGAUGGACAGUUUUACUGGUUUAACUUACAUAGCUUUCGCAAUCAUACACAUAACAGAACAUCCGUGCUGUCACACAUACAGUAACUUGAAGCUAGUUAAUGUGAUUUAUUGAUUUUAAAUGAACAGAUGAAUUAGCAUGCAAGAUGGAGAAAGACUGGUGCAGUACUCUUAUAGUACUAUUUAAACCAAGCAAGCAGUCAGUAAAGACUGCAGUUUUAAGACAACGGCAUUUCCCAGCAUUCCUUGGGAAAUACAAGUACUGUAUAUCGGUGCAGUAUAUCAGGCUUGUUGUGGUAGAAUUAUGACGGCCAUCUCAAGCUCUCUCUCAAUCAAUCAAAAGCCAUGUGUUUAGGAAAAAAAUUUGCAUGUUGAUGGCAAUCAAAGGCCAUCGGGUAUUGCAUAGAUGAUCCACGAUCAGGCUAGAAUGCAUCCUCUGUGCUCGCACAAGCCAUCAAACCCUCGAAGCACUGAGAAACUUUCUCUCUCUCAAAAAAUGAUGUAAUGUUUUAAGAAAUUGAGAGUUGAACAGGAUCAAGGUAUUAUAGAAUAUCUCUGUGUUUGAAUUUUAAAAGUGAUUGCUAUUCUUCAGAUAAAUAGAGAACAAUGCUUUUUGUUAUACAAAAUUAGGCAGAGGGGAUGAUUAUGGAAGCCCAUUUCCACCCCAGUAAAGAAAAAAAAAAGGUAAUUGCAAUUUUAUGUCACCACCGCAAUUUUGAUUAUCGUAAUUGUGACUUUAUAUCACAAUGUGACUAUACCUCACAACUGCAACUUUCUUUCUUAAUAGUGUGACUAAAUAUGUCACAAAUGAAAGUUUGUUUUUCUCAAUCGCAAUGAAUGACUUCAUAUAUUGUCACUUUACGUCUCACAAACAAGUUAGUUUUUUUUUACAAUUGCAGUUUUAUAACUCACAUUUGUGGUCUUAUAUGUCAAAAUGUGACAAGGUUUGACUAUAUACCUCGCAAUUGCAACGUUACAUCUCGCAGUUGCGAGCUUGUUUCCAUUAAUUGUAACUUUGUAACUUAAAAUUUGACAUAACUUUCUAUCGUGCAGUAACACUUUAUGGGCUAGAUUUACAAAUUAGCGUUAGAGAGCACUUCGAUAAAAGUGCAGAUGGUAGGGAAAAAUUCUGCAGGUUAUUUACUGAUAAGAUGCACAUUAAAGAACACGGACGUAACAUUUCAUUUCCAUGAUGAAAAUGCAAAUUACUGCCUGCUAUAAGACUAAUUAAAUAUUGGAGCAAAUUCCAGUGAACUUUCAAACGCAAGUAAAUCGCGUUGUGUGAUUCUUUUAAAUACUUACCUUCCAUAAAUUUACAGAUUGAAAGAAAAACUCCUACAAAUGCAUAUUAAAUCAAGUGAAUUGCAAAAAUAACCGAAUUGCAAAAAAAUAACUGCGCCCAUGCCUUUUCAGCGCUAAUUUCUCACUGCUUGUCUUUAGUAAAUCCUGACAGUUGGUUUUUUAACUCCGAAUGAGGGUUUGCGCUGGCGCAAGCUGAUUGUAAAUCUGCCCUUAUAACUCCUAAUUGUGACUUUAUAUCUUAUUUUAAAAUGUCACAGUUAUCUUUUUUAUUUUUUACUCUGAGGUAAAAACGGGCUUCCAUAGAUGGCUAUGAUUGUAUAAAACAAAGACAGACAAGUGAGAAAGAGAAAAAUGCUUUUCUAUUAAAUGAAUAUGCUACAAAUUUGAGCUGGCCAUUAUAGCUUUUACAUCUUAGCCUUAACCUGACCAUAAGAAAAAUAAAUAAAUGAGGAUACAGAAAAUAAAAUUUAAAAAAUACAUAAAAGGUCAAACACAUACUGGACUUAUAGCAGAAAACAAAAGAAAAGCAGCCACCUCCAUGUAGAUUUAACAGUAACGACUCUUAGGUAUCUGAAAUAUACCUUCUGUGAUCUCCUUCAAACUUUAGUAUUCAGUUCAGCUCUCUAUUAAGUUCAUGGUAUCUGUGCUGCAGAUCAGACCCUUUUAGAUACUGUGCAUAGAUAGUUAGGUAACUCUAAAGGGACGCUUUUGUUGGUAGUGACAUAGAUAGGUAGUUAGGAUUUCUUAAUUUAUGUCUUAACACAUCGGCUCCAGACUUGUUGUAAUUUUUAUCAAAUAAGAGAAUUCCAGUAUGCAGUCUAUUUAUUUUGUUUUGUAUUGAUUUUUUUUGUCUGCACAUAGACAUGUCAUGGUUGUUGUAUAGUUUGCAAUAUUAAGUGAAAACAAGGCAAAAUGAAAGAGAUUUGAGGGUAAGGAUGGGUUUACAGUUAGCAGGGUAUCAGUCAGUAACACUGGACAGCAUAAAAAAAUAAAUUUUCACUAAAUGAGCUGCAGCGGACCUCAAAGAAUGUAACAUUGACACUGGGCAAGAGUGAGAAGUCUGUUAUCAGGAUUUCUGAGUUUCUGUCUCAUGGUGUGAACUUGUGAAGUUAUAAACAUAUAAUAUCUUGCCUGUUUUCCCAGGGUUUGAAGGCUGGUAGUUAUUACUUAUCUCGUUAUAUCAAUGCAACUUUUUUUUUUUUUUAUCAAAAGGACAUAUUAUAUUUUUGUUUGACUGUUUGUUUGUUUGUUCAUUUUUGAAUGUGGUGAUAUUUAUGGUUCAAAGCGUCUGUUACACACAAUCUUGUGCAUAUGAAUGACUAAAGGGACAUUAUUUUAGCUGUAUGCAUGUCAACAGUGCCUGUAGUAUCUGCAGAAAAUACACGCGGUCUGGAAUUUGAUAAAUAAAUGACACUAUUAGGUCUCCCUAACAGCAAUCUGACUCAGACAUCCUUCUCGUAGAAACUUUUUGGAUUAAAGGUGUUGAUUGGUUCUGAAAUGUUUUUUUGUUUUUUAAUUGAUGAAUUCAUGACAAAUGCAAGUUCCCUUGACCUUCACUAAACGCAAGUCUCUUAUACUGUCCUUCAUAGAUAUUGUUGAGCUGAUAAGCAUUUUAAUACGCUGCUCUAGCUUUUCCAGCGAUAACAGUGUUAAACUGUGAAUAAUAAUUGUCUGUCGCCGCCAUUAAGUAUUUGAACAUAUUUAAGAUCUGUUCAGCCUGUGAGAUUACAAUUUGAUGCACUGAAGAGUUUAUUACACUGUUAUUAGCGCAGUUAUUACCACCUGUGUGGUUCGGCAACAGUAUCUGCCCUCGAAAUUGUAUUUAGUUGAAAAAUGUUGAUUGAACGGAAGGAAACCACGCUGUUAAGACAAAAUGGUAGGAGCGCACACACAAGCCAAAAGACUCAAGCCUUGUACAACAGAUUGUUUUUAUUCUUCUUAUUUGUCCAUGUUCCUAAAUUACAUCUGCCUAUAAUCUGAGUCAUUUUAAUUUAUUUGUACAUUUAACGGACAGAUUUGCAGAGCUGUUCAAACUCAUAAAAUCAAUUUGGAGUGCAUUUGAAUAAAAUAAAAAAAACAGUCGUGUUUCUUUGAAUGCUAUAUUUUAGUUUGAUAAAUGAGCUUUGUUAUACUGAACCUGUGCUUGAUAAUGCAGCUUUGAUGAGUCAAACGAGUGGACAAUAGCUGAGAAUAUGUAUGAAAAGGAAUUAAAACUCCAGUGGAGAAACAUGUUUGUA